AACUAUUUAAUUAUUGAUAAGAAAUAAUUUUAUUUAUCAUUUAAUCACUGAUAGACGAAGUAAAAACAAAAGCUGUGAGUCAAAAUAUUCAGUGGAGCAAUAAUCUGAGACUUGCCUAUGAUCUGAAAUCAUACUAAUUAGAAAGGAUAUAAAUUUAGAUUAGAUACUAUUAUUUUAAUUACUAUUAUAUCUUAUUUUUAAAAAAUAUAGUUAUUUUGUUUAACAUUUAUAAAAAAAAGAGUUGUUUUAUUAAAUGCGUAAUAACUUAUAUUUUUUGAUUAAUAAAUAUUUUUAAUUAUUUCCAGAUUGCAUUAGUAAAUAGCCAAAGAUACUUGUAUCAGUAAAAGAUGUGGACUAAUUUACUAACAAUUUCUAUUGAAAAUGAAAAAGAUAUCAAUGAUUAUUUGUUAAAGUACCAUACUAGUCAUAUAAAAAAUGCAUAUGAAAUAAAACUAAAGAACAUAAAAAAAAAAAUCGAAUUGAAUAGUACAAAUAGAAAAGAUGUUGUCAUGCUAGAUACAACUGUAACAAAACUUGUCAUUCAAAAAUCAUUGAAUUCAUGUUUAAGAAAACAAAUUAAAAAUUUUAUUGUUUGUUUAAUCAACGUAAAAAGUGAAAAAAAUGAAUUGUUAAGUAAAGUUUUAAGUAAUUCUAAUGAUAAUGAUGUGAUGAUUGUUUUAAAUGGAGUGACUUCUAACUUAUUAGAUCCAAUAAGGACAGAAUAUUUUAAUACUACUCGUUGUUUAAGAAUUGAAGCUGAAAUUGAAUCAUUUGUUUUUUUAUUUAAAUAUAACUUAUUGUGUACACAAUAUUGCAAUGAAAAUCCCAUACUAAUUGAUCUUGAGAGUAAUUGUGAUGUUCAAGAAUCUAAUGUAAUUGAUAAUAAACUACCAAAUAUUGAUAAACCUGGAAAAACACUGCCAAUAAUCAAUGAUUCUAAAAUAUUAAGCCAAGAGAAGUUGAAAAAAUCAAUUGGUGCUACUGAUUAUCAAAAAGAACUUUUAUCAAAAUCUGUUUCUAUUACUUCAGAUUUAUCAGAAGAUGAUUUUGUUAACUGUUCUCCAAUUAAAAAUUUUUCGGUAAGAAAUGAGGCAACUUAUGUAGUUUAUUCAGAAGACGAAGGGCAACUAAAUUCUAAAAAUGUUUCAAUAGACGAUAUAAAUACUCAGUUACCAGUCAUCAUUCUAUCUCUAUCAGAUAAUAGUUCCAUGAUUGAAGCAUUAUCUCAAAAUUCAAUACAUUCUAAUAAAAAUAAUAAUUCUAACCAGUCCAUUAAUAACACAUGUUUGGAUGACAUGAAUUGUGAUAAUAAUCUAGAUUCUUCAGUUGAAGUCUACAAUCAAAAUGAAAAAAAUAUUCCAUCUGAUAAUUUCCAAUCAUCACAAAAUCUAAAUGACAUUAAAACUAUUUCAUCUUGCAGAUUAGUUUACUCCGAACCAUGUAUAUUUGAUGAUAAUUCAGAGGUUGUUUUAGGUUAUUGUUUAAAAUGUUCUGCAUUUAUAUCAAAAUCUUCAUUAGAAGUUUCAGAAUUCUCAGAAAAUGAAAUUGAAUAUAUUUGUCCUAUUUGCAAAAAUAAAAUUGUUUUGACAUUUUUUUUUAAAAUGAUUUUUUUGCAUGGAAAUUUGGAGAAUAAAGCAAUAGAAGUUUUUUGUUACAGUUUCAAUGCUGAAAACAUUUUGAAAAAAUUGUUAUCUAAAUGUAUUAGUAUUGAUGAUUACUUGUCAAACCCAUGUAAUAAAAAAGAAAUUUUAGAAUGUAUUAGAUCGCUUAUAAGAAGUAAAAGGAAAAUAAAUAUAAAAGUACAAGAAUCUGAAAUAAAUAAAAUUGUAAUAUUACUAGAUUUAGAAAUAGAAUGAUAGUGCUUGUGUAAUUUAUAUUUUUGAUAAAUUUUUUAUUCUUUAUUUUACAAAAGUUUAUUUAUUCUAUGAAAAUUAGCUAUUUAUAAUCUCUUUAUUUAUUUUUCUUUGAUAUUAACAUUCAUACCAAUCAUUUCAGUAAAAUAAAAUUAUUUUUUUUUACUACUGAA